CCACUAUUCCGCAGGCGGCGGAUCUCUCUUUCUCUCCGUGUCUCUUUCAUUGGCCGCUCGCUCCUCUCCUCUCCUCUCCGGUCGCUCGCUCCACGAGCAGCACGAUGGCGUUCCCGUCGCGCGAUGCCUGUCGCCGCCUCCACGUCGUCCUCGUCGCGAUGCUGCUAGGGUUCCGGCCGUCCUGCUCCGUCCGAUUCGACCUGCAGUCGGGCCACACGAGGUGCAUCGGCGAGGACAUGAGGGCCAGUGCCAUGAGCGUCGGCAAGUUCGCCAUCGUCAAUCCUCACGACGGCCACCCCUUGCCCGAAACUCAUAAGCUCUCCGUCCGGGUGACUUCUCCGCACGGGAACAACUAUCACCAAUCGGAGAAUGUGGAGUCGGGGCAGUUCGCAUUCACGGUCGCAGAAGCCGGGGAUUACACCGCUUGCUUCUGGGCUCCUGAUCACAACCCCCAAGCGACGAUGACGGUGGAUUUCGACUGGAGGACCGGCAUGGCCGCCAAGGAUUGGUCCAAUGUCGCCAAGAAAGGGCAAGUCGAUGGGAUGGAAUUGGAACUGAAGAAGUUGUAUGAGACUAUCGACUCCAUUCAUAAUGAGAUGUUUUAUCUUCGUGAAAGAGAAGAGGAAAUGCAGGAGCUCAACCAAGCAACUAACACAAAAAUGGCGUGGCUCAGUUGUCUUUCGCUUUUUGUUUGCCUAUCUGUGGCUGGCUUGCAACUAUGGCACUUGAAGACCUUUUUCGAGAAAAAGAAAAUCAUUUGAAUAUUUCCUUAAUAGCUUAGAAAUUCUUUUUAAACUUUUGCAGAACGAAUCGAUGGUGAUACAUCCUUUCUGAGAUGUCUGCUUUUCGACCUAAGUUGGGAUUCUGCCAAAAAAGAAAAAAAAAAGGAGAAAAGAAAAAUUAUUUUCCAAAAGUUCUGGUUAUUAUCAUUCCUAGUGAGUUAUUACUAAGGUCUCUAGUCUAGAUUUGCAUCCAAGAUUUUACUAAUGCGGAGUUGGUUAGUUCGACAA